GACGUCGCCGCCGCGUUCUGAUGACGCAUUAAAGCGUCGACAGCCGCCGUCUCUUUGUUUACUAGUGUAACUCUGAUGAGUUUAUUUUGUUCGCAGUAAACACAGUAAACAUCCGUGAGGUUGAGUUGAGAUGGAUUCCGGUCGGAAACAAGAGAAACAGGAGACAUUAAUAAGUUCCGACUGUGAGGAGCUGCUGAGCCGCUUCCAGAGAACCGGGUCGGUCCGGUUCGAGGUGUUCUGCAACAUAUGGACCCAAAUGAAGUUCUGCCACAUCUUCUACGGCACUGUGGGGCACGAGAAGCGAGUGUUCAGUCGUCUGAUCCUGGACGCAGCCUGCAGCUUCUUCCUGCCCCCCUUCAGCUUCCAGAUCAGAGUGGGAGGACUCUACCUGCUGUACAGCCUGUAUCAGUGUCAGACCGCCUCGCCGCCAGAGCCGAUCCGUCUGGCGCUGAAGGACUGGGAGGACGUGCAGAAGUUUGAGAAGGACGCGGCGAGCGCUCAGCACGUCGACGCCGUUUACAUCCUCCGACAGCUGAUGUUACACAAAGCGUUCUGCUUCACCGCCAUGCCCACUCUGCUCUCCUACAACAAGAGGAGGAAGCUGGAGAGGUCGCGGUUGUGUGAGGAGUUCAUGGAGCGAGCGUGUCGUCCGCAGGAGCUGGUCAACAUCGAGCUGCUGGAUGAACUGUCCAACAUUAAUCAGCUCUACGACAAAAUGAAGACGUCCGUGUUCUCGACGGCAGAACAGGAGGCUUCGUCCGUCAACCUGAUCCGUAAAGACUUUGUCCCUCAGCUCCGCACCACUGUGGUGGAUUUCUACAAGUGGCAGCAAAGGAAGGAUGCCGCUGGUGAAGAUAAAGACAGCGGUGAGGGAACAUCGUCUCAGCAGGAGUCCUCCCAGAGAGCGCUGCUCCUCGCCUCCAUCAAAUCAAAGGCGUACGGAGAGGCAACAGAGGCGCCCAAGUCCCGGCGCCAUCGCCAGGUGGAGGUGGACUUCACGAGUCACGAGGCCGGACCCUCGCACUCGUCCGGUUACAGCAGAAUCCACAAACCGUCACUCAAAGCCAGAACCACCAAGAACCUACAUCUCUCAGGUGACCUGUUGAAAGAAGCCAUUACGACCACGUACGUGAAUCGUCUCACUUCACUGGGCUUUGAUCCUGAUGAAAUAACAAGACCGCUCCCAGAAAAGUUCAAGUCGUCAUGAAGACGGCGUUGGGAGUCGACCCGCAUCCUGGUCGGAGCUGCUGUUCAGGAGAGUUUGAUGUUUGUUUUAAAAUGUUUAUUACAUUUUAAAAUGCUUUAAUUUAUAUUUUAAUGGCUGAAACUUAAACUGCUCUGUAUGUUGUUGUGACUCUGUUCGCUUUGUAAAAUGUAAACGGCUUCAAAAACUCAUCAGAGCUGAAGAAAUUCCCUGUUUUCAUCACCGUAGCUGCACAUUUGAACAAUUAUACAAAUAUCAGUCUUUAUUGUUUACACAAAAUUUGUCCUCUGCAUUUGACCCAUCCUAUAUACAUUACUAUAUACAUUACUUUAUACAUUACUAUAUACAUUAGGAGCAGUUAGGUGCCUUGCUUAAGGGCACCUCAGCAGUGCACAAGAGGUGGAAGUUUAUAAGAGUAAAUGACUGUUAACAUUUUCUUUAUAAACUUAAUUUCUCUGUGAAAGUGGAUUGGAAGAAGAUGGAUUUCUGUUCUUUUUUGUUUCUGGUGUUUUAAUAUUUUAUCAAGUUUGGCUGUUUUAUAUAAAAUCCUAUUUUUUAAUACUUGA